CGGGCCGAGUGUGCGGGCGGCUGACGCGGAAAUCCGAAUGGGGCUCGCGGGCCGCUGCCUCCCCGGUUGCUACGGUGGCCGGGGCGGGGCCAAGCCGCGCCGGGCGGGCUGGGCUGAGGCGCUUCGCGUUCGGCGGUCGCUGAGGCGCUGAGGCGGCUGCGGGCUCCCCCCGGCCCCGCCAUGGGGCCCGGCCCCGCGCCGCGCCCGGCCCGGCCUUCGCUGUGCGCUGCCCUGCUGCUGCUGGUGGUGCUGGUGGUCCUCCCGCCGCUCCCCGCCGCCGGUGAGCGGCGUCGCCUGGCGUGCUCCACCUGCCGGGACAUCGCGGACAGGUUCAACCAGGGAUUAGCAGAUACGGCGAAGAAGAACUUUGGUGGUGGAAAUACUGCCUGGGAAGAGAAGACGUUGUCAAAGUAUGAGUCCAGUGAAAUUCGUCUUGUAGAGAUCAUAGAGAAUCUGUGUGACAGUAGUAACUUUGAAUGUAACAACAUGGUAGAAGAGCAUGAGGAACAUAUAGAGAAAUGGUGGUUCAAACUAAAGAAGAAGUAUCCUGAUUUGUUUAAGUGGUUUUGCAUAGAAACAAUAGAAGUUUGUUGCCCAGCUGGAACUUAUGGACCAGAUUGCCUUGCUUGUCGUGGUGGAUCAGAAAGACCUUGUCAUGGAAAUGGCCACUGUGAUGGGGAUGGAACCCGUGGUGGAGAUGGCUCAUGUAGCUGCAACAAGGAGUAUACAGGAGAAUUUUGUUUGGACUGUGCUAGUGGUUACUAUAGCACCUUGAGAAAUGACACACAUUCUGUUUGUACAGCCUGCCAUGCCGCUUGUAAAACUUGUACUGGUUCAAGUAAUAAAGACUGCCAAGACUGUAAAGAAGGCUGGAUCAAAAAUGAAGAAGCAGCUUGUGUGGAUUUAGAUGAGUGUGCUUCUUCUCCUUGCAAAGAUGAGCAGUAUUGUUUGAACACAGAAGGAUCUUUCUCAUGCAAAGCAUGUCAUGCUAGCUGUGUAGGUUGCACGGGGGAAGGUUCCGACAAAUGUAAGACCUGCGCAUCUGGAUACAUGAAGGAAGAUGAAAAGUGUACAGAUAUAGAUGAAUGUAAUCUUCCUGAAAAGGUAUGCAUUAAAGAGAAUGAAGACUGUGUUAAUACUUCAGGUAGUUACAAGUGUGUAUGUUCAGAAGGGUUUGAAGAUAAGGAUGGAACGUGUGUUCAAACUGUAAAAACAGGAGAGGAAGUGGAGACUGAAACAACUGAGCCUUCACAUACUGGACAUGAGGACUUAUGAUGUGCAUCCAGAACCAAAAGACAUUCCUAUCUCAAGUUUUAAAUUAUUGGACUAAGUCUCUGCUAGCUGACUUACUGUGGGAAUGGUAUUAAAUAUGCAGGUUGCCAUUAAGAUUUUUUUAAAUGGUGAUAAACUGCUCUUUAAGCUGCAUUUCUUUAUUCUUAAAUACCACUUUUUUAUAGUUCUUUAAGAACAACGGUCUAGAUGGGUAAGUAUAAAAUUUGAAUUAACAUAACAUUGUACCCAACAAUUGUAAACAAAUUGAAGAUCUCUCAUUCUAGUGCCUACUGGUAAUAGUCAUCCUUUUUAGGAAGGACUUCGUUGCACUUCAUAAUUCAAGAAAAAAUCUAAACUGAAGCUUGGUGUUUCUUGACAUGAGAAAUAUUUCUGUAACUGAAAUACAGCUUUUAGAAAUUGUCAAAGGGAAUAUCUUUGGGGGGGGGGAGGAGAAAGUGUUCCCUUAAACAAAACAGAAUGCCUAAUACUGCAUUCAAUAAAAGUUUAUUUUGUUGGAA